AUGAGGUCUAUGAUACUAAAAUAUAAUCCCGAGACCACGUCGACCGAUUUUGACGAGGCCGACCGCCUUUAUUUCGAAGAGUUGAGCUAUGAGCGUGUGAUGGAUAUCUACGAGCUCGAGAACGCCAGCGGUGUGGUGGUGUCUGUCGGUGGCCAGCUUCCCCAGAACAUUGCCCUUCGUCUCCAGGAGACUGGCAAGGCCAACGUUCUCGGAACCGACCCCCGUGACAUCGACAAGGCUGAGGACAGACAGAAGUUCUCCGAGAUCCUCGACUCCAUCGGAGUUGACCAGCCCGCCUGGAAGGAGUUGACCUCCGUCGAGGCUGCCGAGAAGUUUGCCCAGGAGGUCGGCUACCCUGUCCUUGUUCGUCCCAGUUACGUCCUUUCUGGUGCUGCUAUGACUGUCAUUCGCAGCCAGGAUGACCUCAAGGACAAGCUUGAGGCUGCUUCCAACGUCUCCCCUGACCACCCCGUCGUCAUCAGCAAGUUCAUCGAGGGUGCUCAGGAGAUUGAUGUUGAUGGUGUUGCCUCCAAGGGUGAGCUGAUCAUCCACGCCGUCAGUGAGCACGUCGAGCAGGCUGGUGUCCACUCUGGUGAUGCCACCCUCGUCCUCCCUCCUGCCAACUUGGACCAGGACACCAUGGACCGUGUCAAGGAGAUUGCGCAGAAGGUCGCCAAGGCCUGGAACAUCACCGGUCCCUUCAACAUGCAGAUCAUUCGCGCUGAGGAUCCCGAGGGAGGUGUGCCCGCCCUCAAGGUCAUCGAGUGCAACCUCCGUGCCUCUCGUUCUUUCCCCUUCGUCAGCAAGGUCCUCGGCACCAACUUCAUUGACGUUGCCACCAAGGCCCUUGUCAGCAAGGACGUUCCCCAGCCCACCGACCUCAUGGCUGUCAAGCGUGACUACUUGGCCACCAAGGUUCCCCAGUUCUCCUGGACCCGUCUCGCUGGCGCCGACCCCUUCCUUGGCGUCGAGAUGGCUUCCACCGGUGAGAUGGCCUGCUUCGGCAAGAACCUCGUUGAGGCCUACUGGGCUUCUCUCCAGUCCGCCAUGAACUUCCGCGUUCCUGAGCCUGGUGAGGGUAUCCUCUUUGGUGGUGAGCUGAGCAAGAACUGGCUUGCCACCGUUGUGGACUACCUUGCUCCUCUUGGCUACAAGCUUUAUGCUGCCGAUGCCGAGGUCAAGGAGUACCUCGAGACCAAGUCCAAGCACAAGAUCAACGUUGAGGUCAUCGAGUUCCCCAAGGAGGACAAGCGCGCCCUCCGUGAGGUGUUCAAGAAGUACGACAUUCGCGGUGUCUUCAACCUUGCCCAGGCCCGUGGCAAGACUGUCAUGGAUGUCGACUACGUCAUGCGCCGCAAUGCCGUCGACUUUGGCGUGCCAUUGUUCAUGGAGCCUCAGACCGCUAUGCUCUUCGCCCAGUGCAUGAGCGAGAAGCUGCCCAGGCCCGAGGGUAUCCCCUCUGAGGUCCGUAGGUGGUCCGACUUCAUUGGUGGCAAGCCUUUGUGAAUAGGGCAAGGCUCUGGUUUCCAAUGUUUCUUUCUUGCUUAAUGUGUUCCUAUACUUUUUCUAUUUGAGGGCAUGGGAGGAGGAGUCCAAAAAGCAGGGUGGGUGUGUGGUGUGAGGAGAAAAAUAUGAGCGGCGUUUGAACAUUUGCUGGAAGGGUUUUCGAUAUCUGUAUUCAUUUUCACAGCGGCGGUGACAUGGUUGGCAGGGAAAUUUCUAGUCGGUUACUUGAUAUGAUAUGGUCUUUAAAAGUGAACAUCUUUUUUUUGUUUGUGAUUGCUGUGAUGUUUGAUGGUAUGAUGGUGGGUGGUUUUACAGAAUGAACUAUGGAAUGGACUUUGAAGAGGCCUGAUGGUACAUUUCCAGCAAUGAUAUUGUGUAUGUAACCUUUAUAAGCCAAUGUGAUUUUCUCACAUAGGAGAACAUGUU